AUGCAUACGGAACUCGUUUCCAUGGCAACUCAAAUGUCUCUAAAAUUGAUGUGCGAAUCUUAUUCAUUAUUACCGUUCCAAAAACUGCAUCUCCCGUUGAGUCUAAUUAUUUCUCACUUAUACAAAGACUCAUUUCUCACCAAAAUGUCCCCUGAACGUCCCAGUUCCGCACAAGACGAGGUCGCCCUGGCAACGCUCAAGAUGUCGGCGCCGGGAAGUCCCGAAGCACUGACGCCGCAUAGAGACGCUCAGUCUCCGAUAUCUAUCCUACUCGCGGUUGCUCAAAGUCAGAAAAACAACGACGAUGAUCUGACGAGCCUGUCCUGGUUACACGAAAGAGAUGUCCUUAAGGGCAUGAACAUCAACACUUCCCCACUCAACAGCACAAAUUCCACACCAAUAAAAAACGGAACGUCUGUUUUGUCAGAUUUAUCCCCUACGAGUGAUUACGUGGACGAAUCUUCCAUUUCUACGCCGGAGUCUUCCACGUGCAGUUCGGUGAAUUCAUCGAGUCCGGGCUAUCAUCAGACGCAAAGCAAAACGGCCAAUGGCAGCUACAAUCAGAACGGAAGCCAAAGAUCACGUCAUCCCCAUAAUGUGCCCUACGAUCCUCUGGUGCACACGAACAAUAAGCCGCCUUAUUCAUUCUCAUGCCUUAUAUUUAUGGCGAUUGAGGAUUCAGUGCAGAAGGCGUUGCCCGUGAAAGAGAUAUAUGCCUGGAUCUUGGACCACUUCCCUUACUUCAGGAAUGCCCCGACUGGAUGGAAGAACAGCGUCAGGCACAACCUGUCAUUGAACAAGUGCUUCCAGAAGGUGGAAAAGGCUCCCAACCUCGGUAAGGGCUCCCUCUGGACCGUCGAUCCCCAAUACAAGCCCAACCUGAUUCAGGCUUUGAAUCGAUCACCGUUUUAUCCUUGCUCUGUGUUCGAUUCGCCGCAGUCGAUUCAGCAGUCUUCCACACCCCCAGAGAAGCCUGCCAAUUAUCGCGUAUCGAGCCUGCCCAAUCCAGAGUUGUUUCCGUUUCUGAGUAAAAAAUUGGCCGCGAAGGAAAGGACCGCCCUAAACGGGGACCAGAUCAAAAUCGAAGGAUUCAAAAUCGAACAGGAGGAAUCGUUGGACGAAGUGGACGCCGCCGCCGUAAUGUUAAGCUUGAAAAAUGGCGUCCGACUCGACAGCAGCAAAAAAAAAGUGCAACCGCUACAAGUUAUCACGACAUCACCUAGUCAGGAUCACACGUAUAGCGCGGCCGAUAGCGAUAACAAUGAAGACGAGGCCUUUGAGAGUGACGAAGAUAACGAUGAUUAUAGGAUUACAAAACAUAGGCGUCUCAGAACUCGAACCUGUCGGAGAAUCGACUUCGAAGACGACGAAGAGCGGAAAAUCAAAGAAGGCGCUGAGACUCUGCUAAAUUUGGCGGGAAUCGCCACGCGCAAGCGCACUCUGUCGCAGCAGCAACAGGAGUUCGACCCUUCAAUAAAAAAAGAAAAAGAAGAAGAACGAAAACAGGCACAGUUCAAGCCGCGUCUUCUCAGGACUAAAAGGAAAGACCGUAAUGGUCCGAAAGUUCGCCCGGGGAACAAUCAGCAAGGGUUGGUCAAGCACACUAAUCAGCCCAGCCGGAAAGAGUCCAUUCAAAUACAGUUUCAUAUUGUCUAGUAGAUUGAUAAGAUCAAAGUUGGAUCAAUGUGAUUAUCUUCUCUUAACUGCAGCGACAGAAGUCAGUAAUCUUAUUUUGCUUUAAACAAUCGAAAACCAGCCGCCAAAAGGUCAGAAUCCUACUGCGUUCUGUCCUUUCUCAUUGGACUAAAAAACAACUGAAAUGUAAAGCAAUAAAAUGUGAAAAAAUGUCUAGAUGUAAAAUAUUUUAAGCUGCCCGGUUUGGGGCAUGGUUUUUUUAUGCACUAAUGAUGAACAUCGGAUUUUUUUGAAAGUGAAACGUUGCUCGAAAGUAAACAUUUGAUCCUGGUCAAUAUGCGUGGUUCCAACUUAUGUUUAGAGAAAUUUUAAAUGGAUUUUUAUCCAGUGAAAAUGGCAUAGUUUUUAGUAGCCAAAACAUAAUGUUAUACAUCAGGGGGAAAUUACUUGGGGUUGUUUAAUUAUUAUACUAUGCACAGGAAUGUGUGACUGAUGUCAUCUGUUGGAAGUAGAUAUCUACAUCUAGAUUUGGCCCUUGAAACCUACUCAAGUCAUAAGACUCGAAAGCCCCUCUAUACAUAAACCAUAACGUUUUUGAAAUCAUUUGAAUUUUGUGAAAAUAUAACCUAUUAAAGUUGUAUUUAACAGAACUUUUAAAUUGUUUUUUGGAAUUUGAAACCAAGGUAUGUGUGAUUUCCGAACGAUUUAGGAAAUAUUUUAGGUUAUUAGCGUCCUGAUCAGACGGCAACGGAUUCUUUUUGUGGCGAACUUAAAAAAGAGGGCGUUGAAAAAUGGAAGUAAUUAUACAGUGGCAGAACUAAAAGAAAAUCUUUCAGAAGAAAUUAAUGAUGCAUAAGAUUUGAAGUUUUUUAUAUUUGAGAUAUAGAAUAUAUAGUCUAUUGUUACACCACCGUAAAUUUGGCAUAUUUGGGUAAUUAAAAUUGGAUUGCUUUUUGACAAAACUUAAAUUAUUUAAAGAACCUUAGGAUUUAGAUAUCAAAAACUUUCUCAAAGAGACCUGGUUAUAAUUAUUUAUUUAAUUAUUUAUAAAGAUAAUUUUUAAAAGAAUAAAAUAAUUUAAAUAAAUUUAGCAAUACGUCAGACACAGGCACAAAUUAGAGUGCUAAUAAAAAAAAAUAUAUAAAAAAAUGUUAACAAGGUUCCACCGCAGUUAAACUGAUUAAAAAUUAAUGUCUGCUCACGAAACUAAAUUCGAGUCCCAUGAACCAUAAACUGCAUUACAAUUCAGACGAUAUACCCCUGAUCUAGAAAAAUAAAUCUAUUGGAUCUUUGACUGUUAUUAUAAAUUAUUUUCAUGUAUUGUUCGUUUUAAACGGUACUUAGCCAGAUGGACUAGUACCUCAAGGUCUUUUCUUGUUCCCGUGUUUCUAAUUUUCUCCACUUUUUUGACUCCUUUAACUGGAAUUUUGUUUUUUGUUGAAUAGUCACUCAAAUUUGUACUUGAGCAUUAAACCAGUCAUACUCAAGAUGAUAUUAAAAGUAUAAAUGUAGAAUAUUAAUUGUAAUCACCCAGCACAAUAGUGUAAUGCUAACAAGGGUUUAUAGUUCCUUCCGGUUGUUCUAUAGUUCUUUAUUCUUUCUGGUGAAAAAGGUGUCUUAAUCCUUCUUUGGUUGUAAAUGGCCCUCUUGGUAUUUUGCCCAAAUCAUUGAAGCCCAAAUGUAUUUCAUUAUUUUGAUCUAUUGCCUUUUGCAUUAUGUGUUUUACUGUGAAUAUGUGAUCCUGUAUACUUCUUCCCUUCCUGAGAUUCCUGUUUUGUUUUAACAAGGACUGCCACUCUUAUGCUACGACUUUACAGUUUUAUCAACAACUUUAUUCAAAAACAGACUAAUAUUUAAAAAAAAGAGCUUUGAUAGUUUUAACACUUUUGAAACUUUUUGAAAACUCGUAGAUGCAUAAAUAAUGUACAUUGGAAACGCUAUUAUUGACCAGGUCACUGUUGAAACGGUUUUAAACUUGCUGAAGUUUCGUCAAUAGUGCAUAAUCACUGGCUUAAUUUCUCUUAAUUUAAUUAUUAUUAUACCCCGGACACUACGUGUCUAUAUAGUUUCACGGACCUUGAAAAUUAAUUCUAAAUAUGAGUGUUAAUUGAGAUUGUAUCUUUUUUUAGCGUUUUGACUAAUGCAUGAUAAUACAUAUUUAGGACGUAGUUAAAUUUUUGCAAAUUCUAAACUCGGUGUAUUUAUAAAAAAAAUCUUACAGUCAAUAGUGGAAACUAUUAGAAAAUAGAAAAUUUGUGACAGAGCAAAAAGGACGGUAUGAUAAGGGAUAUGUCAGAUUUCUGUAUAUAAACCUAUUUUUCCACGCCUAUGCUUCAUGUGUAUUCUUUCCUGUAACGAAAUUUAGUCGUCAGCCACCGAGUUUACAGCUGUAAAUCUGUUGGUCCAAAAAUGUGUGUACCGGGUGGUCAUAAUUAAAUGUUUUUAACAGGUUGUGUGUAUGUAGGUGUCAAUUUCAAUUAAAGACAUUAUCCUUUAUUCUUCAUUUAAAAGAAAACUACGUUCACCUAAUAAUAACCUAAUUUAAUUAAUGCCUGAAAAAAAAUCUGAGACCUAUAUAGGGUGUUUAAAAAAAAACUGGUAUACGACUAGUUUAAUCGAAAAUUUAUUAUCUACUCAUUUAAUUGUUCAAUUAUAAAUGUUUUAUUCAAUAAUAGUUUUUUUAGUUUUAUGGAAAAGUUUCUAAUAAACCUGUGUAUUAAAAUUUAUUUUUUCCAUAUCAUUGCGUAACUCAAUCUCCUCCACUCAUUUCCGUAAUAGUUUUUAUUGUUGUGUCUAUUUUCCUUUUUAAGAUGAAAAAUAAAAACAUUAUUGAUCCGCCAUAUUUAUCGCGCGAUAAACCAACUACCCUUAAGUUUUGAAACACCUGUAUACACGACUUACUACAGAAAAAAUCUGAGAACGCCGCUGCAUUUUGCGCAGAAACUUGGCCUAAAAAUGUUUUUCAGAUAUUUUCAUAAAUGAAAAUGUUAUCGGCAAUAUUCAAAACUAUCCAUUAUUAAAAAAUUAUAGCUCAGUCGGUGGUGCGGAUUUGUGCGAUUUUUACCAUUAAAUAUUUCUCAAAGACAAAAAGGGAAUCUUUCAUACACUUUACUUCUUUCUAAACAACAGUCAUUUGGGAAUUGAGAAAAUACUGCCGUAAAAAUACUACAUCUGAAAACUGUCGAAUUGACAAUUGUUUACGCCUAUGUUGGUUGGUAAAUGGUUCCUCUCCUUUAAGUGCUGUCCCGUUUCGAAGGUUCUUAUUAUUAUCAUUUCGUUCUUACUGCAUCACAACCAUUUCCUACAGAUUUCUUUUCUAAAUAAUACAGCAGUUUUCUUCUUCUUAAUAGUUGCUACAACUUAUGCAUGCAUCUCAUCACUUAAUGCCUCUUGCCUCUUCAGGUCGGCUCUGUCCAACAUCCAGGGUUCCAUUUCACAUAUGCCUGAUCAACUCUUUACUAUGUCCUCCCAAUAGAGAUCAACGAGGAUUAGAGCACCUCUGCGUAUUUCUACUUCAUCUAAUGUCAUUGCUAUCCUUUGCCCGUAGUAUAGGUUUGAGAUGAUUUUUAUGUCUCUGAGGUUUUCCUUGUUUUUCCUAACGUUUAUAUAAAAAAGUGAAGUCUCGCUCUAGCAAAUUAUAAUCUAUAAAGCAGGCGUGUAUGUCUUGAUCGAUGGCUAGGCAUCUUUGCGACAGGACUUGUUCCUAGACUUUCACGAAAUGCAAACUGAGUAUUCUGACAUCUUUCUGACAUUCUGACUGAAGGGUUAUGAAGGUUGAUAGCAACCAAUCAUUUAGUGUUAUUCCUUUUCGAUUUGUAAGUGGUCCUCCUCUAUCAGUUAACAGUUGGUCUGGUCACUUCAUUUUUAAUUAUGUCUGGUUCCCCUUCUUCCCUUUACUUAUUUAAGAUCAAAGUGGAACGAGUCAAGGCUUGUCAAGCAUAAAAGAAGUUUCCAAUUGCCACCCUGUAGUACCUAUUUGUCCGGCUACAUGCUCUACUCAUGUUAAAUAAAAAAUGAGCCGAAAAUCCUAUACAGUCUCAUGCUCAUUGACUGACGACUGAAAUUUAUUUUCUAUGAGUUUUCAUCAUCUGAAGUGGAAGGUAGAAGAUAUUGGAUUUUGAUUAGUUCUACAACAAUUAUUACUUAGCAUUUAUCAUUACAAAACCAGUAUCUUUGCCAUCGCAUUCGAACGAAUAGUUAUUUUGAAAUGUAUGAAGGCUGUGUUAUCAUACUUGAUGAAUUGAGUUCGGGGAAGGGCAUUGUUUAAAACAAUCGGUAGAUUUUAAAUUAUUAAAUCGAACAACUAGAGAAUCGUUGUUUUACAAUUAUAUCUCGCUGUAUAUAGGAAAAAAUUAUUUUCGAUAUUCUCCAAAGUUGUGUAAGUAAUUUCGACUUCCAUAUCGCAAUCGGUUUGUUGUCAACAAAUUCUAUAGCAAUAUCUAUGUGCGUUUUUUUUUUAUGUUUCAUUUUAAACACUCAUGUGCUUGGCCGAAUUCGCUGCUUUUGUUUUGUGCGAGCUAUUGGUUUUCUCUUCGCCCGGGUUAAGUGUAAAGUCUAUCACGAAAACAUGACAAAUAUUUUUCCAAAUUUAAUUUUUACUCAACCCUGAUGGGCAAAGUUUUAACCGAAAGACUUGCACCUAUGUUUUACUAUUUUAUGUGUGCCAAAGCGAAACGAUUAACAAAUUGUGCGGUUUUUAAAAUACAUAUUUUACGUGGUUGAAAGAAAGCAAAAUCUUGUUAAUUGUUUCACACAUAUUUUAUAUACUUCUAUAAAAAUAUAUAUACUCUCUGUUUUUAGGCUCCGUCUUCCAAUCUUAAUAUUAAGAAAGAUUAUCAGGUGAUAAAAAUAAAAAAUGAGAAAACGAAAAAAAUGUUUUAUUUUUGGUUACCUAUUUUGGUGUAUCCGCAGAUUUUCAGUUGUUUUGUGGGAAAAUGCAAGUUUUAACUUAUAUUUUAGUUUUCGGGAUUUUACGGUCCUUGCAAUACCGAGUGAUUACUAAUAUAUAAUUCUACCUACUAAAGGUGGCAAUAAUAUUGUAUAUUAUU